CGAUCUCAGAAAUUCCAUUUCCUCCGAGCUAAAACCCUAGAAGAGAUCUCCAUUGCAAAAUUCCGAUCUCGAUAUCGCUUAAGCCUUCUCCGAUUCAGCGCUUGCAAUGGUGGUCUGUAAAUGCCGGAAGGCAACCAAGUUGUACUGUUUUGUACACAAGGUUCCAGUGUGUGGAGAAUGCAUAUCCUUCACUGAGCACCAUAUAUGUGUGGUACACACAUAUUCCGAAUGGGUUAUAAAUGGAGAGUAUGAUUGGCCUCCAAAUUGUUGUUUCUGUCAUGCUGUGCUUGAAAAGACAACAGAUACUCAAACUACUCGACUGGGUUGCCUGCAUGUCAUGCAUACAAAUUGUUUGGUUUCACAUAUUAAAGGGUUCCCACCACAAACUGCUCCAGCUGGUUAUGUCUGUCCAGCCUGUUCAACUUCUAUAUGGCCUCCUAAAAGUGUCAAAGAUUCUGGGUCACGUCUUCAUUUAAAACUGAAAGAAGCAAUAAUGCAGACUGGCUUGGAGAAAAGUUUGUUUGGAAAUCAUCCAGUUUCAUUGCCUCCAACAGAUUCUCGUAGUCCUCCACCUGCUUUUUCUUCAGAUCCAUUGAAACACUUUUCUGAAGCUGGAGUGUCUGGGAAAGAUAUCACAGCAGGGGGUAUAGAGGCCGUUCAAACAGGUUCCUUAAGCCCAUCAGCUCUGGGUAUUGUUCAAAUAGAUGGACUAAACUCAGCUUCAACUCAGACCAGUCAUGAGGCCAAUUUCACUAAAAGCUCAAGUCCUCCCGCUCCUGGGGCUACCACACGAAAGAGCACACUACAAGUUGAAAGGCAAAAUUCUGAAAUUCCAUAUUAUGGUGAUGAUGAAGAUGGUAACCGCAAAAAGUACACAAGAAGGGGUACCUUUCGACACAAGUUCUUUAGAUCUCUGCUGCCUUUUUGGUCAAGUGCAUUACCAACACUACCUGUAACUGCACCAUCUAAAAAAGAAGCAUCAAAUGCUACAGAUGGUUUGCCAGAAGGUCGGACACGCCAUCACAGAUCAUCAAGAAUGGAUCCAAGAAAAAUUCUCCUUUUUAUAGCUAUCAUGGCUUGCAUGGCAACAAUGGGUAUCUUGUAUUAUAGAAUUGCACAACGUGGUCUGGAGGAGCUGCCUGAUGAUGAACAACAGUAAUUUAUUUUAAUUUUUUUUACCAAAAACAUAUACAUAUACUCGGAUGUUGUAGCUCAAUUGUUUCUAUACUGUUUUAUAAAGAUUAAUGUAACAACAGUUGUGUCCUCCCAUAUUGUUCCCAUUUGUGUGUAUCAGUUGGCAUUUUCUGGAACAUUUUUGAAUUGGGAACACUCAGCUUGCAAAGCUUAGUUGCAUUCUCAGCUUUGGCUGCUUUAGUCUUGAGUUUAUGGGAAUCAGCUAUAAAGAAAAAUUAGACUCGUAAACUAUACACUCG